AUACCAUAAUACCAGCUAGCUUCUCAGAGGCUGGGGCAGAGGCAUUGCAAUUUAAGAUUGCAAUGUCCAAGAAAACAUUGUGUUUAAUCCUGAGUAACCCAAAGGGGAAAAGAAAAACCUAAAAGAUAAGCAAGUCUCAGUGGUUAGGAGUGGGCCCUUGUGAUCACAGAGUGACUUCUGCUUCAGCUAUCAGGGCUCUGUUUUAAGAAAUGGAGACAGGGGGUGAUGGUGGCAGUGCUGGUGCCCACCAGUCUACACCACCAUACUUGGCGUCCUUUUUCUUUUUGUGAUAUUGGGGAUGGAAUACAGGGCCUUUUAGUUCAUACCAGCAACCACUAUGACACUGAGAGGCACCCCAGCCAUGAACCAGAGUUUCUUACUCUCAUCGGAAAGUAGGUCCUAAUUAUCUGCUAGCCGGAUAACCACAUGAUCUUACCACAAAGGUCAGGUUGCUGGCAGUGGUGCUUAGAACACAUUCAUGCAUUUGGAGGCACAUUUGACACUGGCAAAAUGGUCCUUGGACCUAGCAAGGGGGCAGGUGGAGCUGGGUACAGUGAAGUACUCCUGUGGUCGCCAGCACUCAGGAAGCUGCAGCAGGGGGGCCCUUUGAGACCAGUGAGCCACCUGAAGGGAAAGACCAGGAGUGAUGAGACACCAGCAGAGCAGCAGAAGACAAGAAGGCAACAGAGAGGCAGAGGAGUGAAGGCUUCCUGCUACUGAGGACUCAUUCUGAGACCUAACAUAUGACAAGCUUGUAUUUAAACAGAUGCUGGAGAUGCCAAGAACAUCUUCUCAAGCUGUAAAAGCCAGGAGUAUAUCAAGGGGAUCUGUGAGCCGGAGCUGGAGGAGAGAGAGCGCUACCCCAAGGCCAUGCACUGCAUUUUUGUCGGGGCACAGAGCCUCUUUUUGAAGAGCCUAAUUCAGGAUACUUGUGCUGACCUCUGUGUUUUAGAUACUGGGCUUCUUGGCAUCCGAGGAAGCGCUGAGGCUGUGGUCAUGGCCAGGAGUCACAUUCAGCAGUUUGUGAAGCUCUUUGAGAGUAACGAGAACCUCCCCAGUAAUCAGAGAGAGUCGGAAAUCAAACGGGAGUUCAGACAGUUUGUUGAAGCCCAUGCAGACAGUUACACAAUGGACCUGUUGAUUCUGCCUACUUCCCUGAAGAAGGAACUACUGAGUCUCACACAAGGAGAAGAGAAUCAGUUUGACACAGGAGAUGAUGAUGUCAUUACUGUUGGAGAUGUGCGGCCUCCAGAGUACACACACAGUACUGCCACAGGACCGAGUAUUGCUGGAGAUGAAAUCGUCGUACAGGAAGAUUCUAGAAAUAAAGCUAGGACCCCUGUUUCUGAGCUUACAAAACAAAUGGACACAGUCUUUUCUAGUUCACCAGAUGUGCUUUUUGUUCCAGUGAAUGGUCUAAGUCCAGAUGAAGAUGCUCUUUCCAAAGACAGAGUUUGUCACAAGAGGAGGUCUUCUGAUACAGAAGAAAGGCAUACCAAGAAGCAGUUUUCUUUAGAGAAUGUUCCAGAAGGGGAGCUUCUGCAAGAUAGUAAGGUGUCAGCUGGAAAUGAAGUCAUUGACCUAUCUGAUGCUGCUUCAAACUCUACAAAUCUAAGCCCCGAUGGAAAAGACACUACAGAAGAAAUGGAAUACAAUAUCCUUGUUAACUUCUUUAAAACCAUGGGCUAUUCCCAAGAGAUUGUUGAAAAGGUCAUUAAGGAGUAUGGGCCUUCUACAGAGCCAUUAUUGCUCUUAGAGGAGAUUGAAAAAGAAAAUAAAAGGCUCCAAGAAGACAGAAACUUUCCACCUUGCACUGUGUAUCCAGAGGCCAGUCAGAGCAGAAGCGCAGGAGUUGGGAGCACCACAAAGGAGUUCACCACAGAUGCCACUCCAAAGAAAACACAGAGUCCCACAGAGCAGACUAUGGUGGAAAGAUUCUCCCAGUUACCGUUCAAAGACUCUAAACAGUGUACCUCAAACUGCAGGAUUAAUUCUUUCAGAACAGUGCCAGGAGGACAGAAACAUGAAAUGUGGGCUCCAAAGCAGAACUCCAGUUGUACUGUAGACCUGGAAACUGAUGGCCCCCCAGCCUCUGCUGCCCCUGCCAGCCCUAAAGAUGUCAGUUUUGUUUCAAGGGGAGCUUUAGGGCACCAACAGAGAAACCCAACUUUUCCUGAAAAUGGUUUUCAACAGCAAGCAGAACCUUUGCUUCCAAAUAAUAUGAAACCUGCCUGUGAAAAGCGGUCUGGCUGCUGUAGCUCUCCUCAGCCUAAGCCAAAUUAUCCCCCACUUUCCCCACCACUGCCCCCGCUGCUCCCUUCCGUUACUGAGGCUCGGUCAGGAGGCUCCUCUGAUCAUAUUGAUUCCUCAGUUACGGGGGUUCAAAGAUUUCGAGAUACUUUAAAAAUACCAUACAAGCUGGAAUUAAAAAACGAACCAGGAAGAGCAGAUCUGAAGCAUAUUGUUAUAGAUGGGAGCAAUGUUGCAAUUACCCAUGGUCUGAAAAAGUUCUUUAGUUGCCGUGGAAUAGCGAUUGCAGUUGAGUAUUUCUGGAAGCUCGGCAACAGAAACAUCACUGUGUUUGUCCCACAGUGGAGGACAAGACGGGAUCCUAAUAUCACAGAACAGCACUUCUUAACCCAGCUCCAGGAGCUUGGAAUAUUAUCUUUAACUCCUGCCCGGAUGGUCUUUGGAGAAAGAAUUGCUUCUCAUGAUGACAGGUUCCUGCUGCACUUAGCGGACAAGACUGGGGGUAUAAUUGUAACAAAUGAUAACUUCAGAGAGUUUGUGACUGAGUCAGUGUCCUGGAGAGAAAUUAUUACAAAAAGACUGCUUCAGUACACAUUCGUGGGGGACAUAUUUAUGGUUCCUGAUGAUCCUCUGGGAAGAAACGGACCUCGGCUAGAAGAAUUUCUUCGAAAGGAGGUCUUUCUUAGAGACAUGCAGCCGCUACUCAAUGCCCUGCCAAAUGUGGGCACGUUUGACCCUGGCUUCCGGAGUCCCAACAACCAGGGAGCCAAUAGUAGCCACCAGCCUCCACCCCGGAUCCAGGCCUCUUCAAGCCCUUGGCUUCCCCAGCAGCCCCACUUCACACCCCUGGCCACCCUUCCCAAUAUGCAGCAGAACCUUCCCAUGCCGGCACAGAGGUCUUCUGCAGAGACCAGCGAGCUGAGGGAGGCACUGCUGAAGAUCUUCCCCGACUCUGAGCAAAAACUGAAGAUUGACCAGAUCCUGGUAGCUCAUCCGUACAUGAAAGACCUGAAUGCCCUGUCUGCCCUGGUGUUGGACUGACGGCUCUAGCCCACUGAUGAUGGGGAAACGAGGGAGCUGCCAACUGUGGGAAGUACCGUCAUGUGAAGACUCCUUCCCAGAAAACAUUGCUGUGUUGUAUAGAAAAAGGAGGAAGAUGUUUUAUGUAUACAAAAAUCUGGGUUUUCAAAGCCAGCUUUUUUCUAUAUAUAAAUUAUGCUGCUAUUACAGAUUUAACAUUUUCUGUAAAAGGAAAGUACAUUUUCUGCCUGUUCAGAACUGUUUAAUAGCAGUUACUCUUGAGUGUAUUUACAAUUUUAUGUUUUUUAAACUAUUUUCCUUAAAGCUGAAGAAAAAUUGACAAAUAAAUAUGGUUAGCCUUUCUAAAUAAAGUUUUACAAAAAUAUAAGAAAAAAAGGAGUUGCUUCCUUAAGGAAAGCAAGACUUCUUAAAGUCUAUUUUCUUGAGGUAAUCUGUCCUAUCCAUUGAACAGGGCGUGCACUCCCUGCCUUCAUCCCUAGAGUUGGCCUGCUCUGCUCGCAUGGGGCCUUCUCAGCCAGCCAUUGUGAGAGAGGCGAAGCCACGAGAUGGCACCUGAUGCCUGGGCUGUCACCAGUGGCCAAAGUCAGACUCUGAAGAGCAGGUGGGAAGUCUUAAAUGCCAUGUGACCCCACACUCCUUCCCUCCGCUGGACAGAGAAGGAAACUGAGUCCCAACGUACUCCCUGCCUGGCUCUGUAGUGCACUCACCAGCCAUGGCCCCCAUGCUCCCAACCUGGCUCCACAGCUACCUUAGCCUCAGAAGGCAAGGUAGGCACUGAAGCCUCUGGUGAGGAGACCCCCAUGUGGAGUUUGUACAGCUUUGCCAAAAAGUUUUCUAUUCUCAAGGAUGACCCAAGCCAAUAAAUAGCAUUAGUAGUUUCAGAAGGGGCAUCAAAGCCUCUGUAUUUCCCUUCUUCUGUCUUCUUAGAGGUUUCUUAGCAGCUCUCCCUGAGUCUUUCAGAACCAGUUAUCUCAGUAUUGUCUCUUUUCAGUGUAGCCUGAAGUCUGUAUCUGUGGAACUCUUCCUGGUCAUUCUCAGCGUCUUGAGUCUCACGUGGACCUUCAAAGGGCUUUGCAAUUGCCAUCCAUGCUGUCUCCAGGCCCUUGUGGUUAAACUCACUGCCCUGUGGAUUGUCUUUCUCCCGGUCCCACAAGUAACCGAGGACUUGGUGCUGCUGGUUUGUUAUCCGUGGUGCAGGGAUUGUGUAGAUCACAGAAUGCUGCCACCAUGCUGCAUCUUGAUUCAUUUGAUCCCUGCAUCCCUCAGGAGAUGAAUACAGAGCCUUCUAGGCUUCUUGCCAGCUCCCCAAGUUGACCCAUCACAGCCCCCGACCCUGUGCCUCAUCAGCUUGGGAGCACAGCAAAGGUGUCUCCAGGGCUUCCUGGUCUGGUCAAUCCCAGUCCAGCGUUGCUGGAAACGGGGCACCAGGAUGUUCCAUUGUUGCUUCAUCCCGAUGCUGACAGGGAGGAGCUCAGGCUUUGUAAGGCCCUGCAGUCAGCCUGAUCUUUGAGUUGUGUGUGCCUCUGUGUUCAUAGCAUUGUUUCUGAGAGAUACCUGCCCAUUUCCCCUCGUUCCACAUGGGAGGGAAGAAAAGCCGGAGGGAACCAAAAGGCAUUAAUUACUUUGUAGAUUGUAAUGUGAAAUAUAAUUCUAGAUUCUUUGUGAAAUCUGUCACAUUUUUAGGUGUAACAUUUAAAGCCCAGUUAUCUAGCCACUGAAGAAAGCUCACACUUGCUUCUUUGCCUCGUCUGAAGUUCUGUUGCUGCUAGGUGCUUGUAGAUGCUUGACCUCCAUCCCUCCAGUGCCUCCUCAGUGAACUUGGGAGUGUCUCGGAAUUCCUCCCAGUGUGGAGUGCCUCUGCCCCCCUGUGUGUAUCCUGACAUUUGGGUGAUGUGGCCAGCGCAGCUAAGACACCUUUGGUCAUUGGACACGAUGUCUGAUGGACUGUGUGUGUGUGUGUGUGUGUGUGUGUGUGUGUGUGUGUGUGUGUGUUUUGCCACAGCUGUCCUGGUCCAAUGCGGUUGGCAGGCUCAGCUGUAUUGCUAGGACUUGCUGAACAUGUAAGGCAUGGAAGAGUACUCUCCUUGCCAGUCCCAAGUACCUAGUCCUCCCCCAGGGAGGAGCAUCCGCUGCAGCUCCUCUGCACUAGGCUCACCCAGGCCCUUGCCUGCCUCCCACACCUCUCCAGUGAUGUCCCUUCUCAGCAUUCUGAGCCACCUCAGCUGGGUCUAUCAGUUGCUCUGUCCGCUCGCAUUGUUAUUUGGUACCUCUGACCCCUUUAGUUAAAACGCCCUGCAUCCUGUUGCUAGUGCUUCUCUCUGGCUUCCCCGCUUUCCCAUUCCCCGUUCAGGAACUUGGCUUCUGCCCACCACAUGGAAAUAGCUUGGGAAAUCACUGGUCGCUCUUUUACCAUUAUUGGAGUAGCUACAGAUGGCGAAGCCAUUGGCCUUUAACUGUCUUUGGCUUCCUUCUUGAAGCCCUCCUUUCCUUCCUUCUCCUUCAUGGCCUACCCUUAAUACAGCUUCUCAGCAGGUGGUUCACAGACUGAGCCACCCUUGCUAAAAGGCAGGCUGCUGUCAGUCUGUCACCACCCCAGGGUGGACUCUGCUCUAGAGAAAAGCCUGGCAGCUUGUCGCUGCCACAUGCCCUGAGCGGCUGUGGUAAGUGGUCAGGAACUGGACUUCCUGAGGAGUCACCAGUCUCCUAACUAUGCUCCACUCUGUGACACCAGUCCUCUCACUAGCCCUGUGGGAUCUUGGCUCCCAGAACCUCAGCCUGCAUCCUGCUAUCUCUUACCUAACCCUGAGGUACCUUAUAUCCUUCCUGACCCUUGGCUUGCUACUGCCCACUACCUGUUCCCACAAUCCUCCGUGACACUGGCCCCUCAUUGGCUACCUUACAGCUCUUUCCUCUCCCUAAUUCCGGGGGUCUCCAAGUUCAUCCAGAGGACCAUUUUGCAUCAUCCUCUUCCUCUGUGAUCUGUAACUGUGACCAGAGCAUCAAGUUCCUAUCCUCUGAGCCUUGUGUCCGCGGCUGCUGCCCCGUGGCUGCACUUGACUGUCUACUUUCUAUCUCUUGCCAUGAUCCUCUAGCUACCCAGGUCUGGGUUCCCCAUGGACCCUGUUCAUGUUUAUUCUCAUCAUAGAAAUGCCCUUCUGCCCUGCAGCCUGCCUCCGCAAAGGUCUAGCCCUGAGUUCUCUUCUGUGUUCUGAGCAGAAGCAGCCCUAUGCUAUUCUGUGGCCCCACGGCAAAUUGGUGUCUUGCUUCUGGCUCUUACCACUCUGGCAGGUGUAGCUGCAGCCAACUGUGUACUGUGUUGCCUCCCUCUAGACUGUGAGCUCCUCGUGGGCAGGGACCAUAUGGUCGCUCUGUAUCUCUUGUGGCACCUAACAGUCAGUGCCUUGCACUUGGUAGGUGCUCAAUAAAUGUCUGUUCAAGUGA